AGCAUCUUUCGACACCGACAUGCGGUUGUUGAUUGGUAGAACACAGCAGACCUCCUGUUUUAGUGAAACUGAGAGUUUACAUAUCGUUGCAGGGUACUGACUUUAAUAAUUGUGUAAAUGUUGAGGAUUCCGGAGAUUGCGUAGCAUUUUUUUAAUAUGUAGCAAUAAUGCGCAGCUGUUAUCCCACGCCGGUUUACUCCCAUGCUGGACGCGGAAGCUUCCAAGACGUGUACGACCCUGCAGAGGACUCGUUCCUGCUGAUUGAUGCGCUGGAGAAAGACGCAGAGAGGUUGCUGCACAUGAGCCCCUGCGUGUGUUUGGAGGUGGGUAGUGGGUCCGGAGUGGUCUCUGCAUUUCUUGCAUCAGUGGUUGGACCUUCAGCUCUUUACCUCUGCACCGAUGUGAAUCCUGCUGCAGCGCAGUGCACAGCCAGAACCGCUUCUUGUAACCGUGUCUCACUGCAGCCCGUCAUCACAGACCUGGUGGAGAGUCUCCUGCCUCGGCUGUGUGGGAAAGUGGAUGUCCUCCUCUUUAACCCUCCGUAUGUGGUCACCCCUUCCGAAGAGGUGGGCAGCAGAGGUAUAGAAGCUGCCUGGGCUGGUGGAGAACGAGGCAGAGAGGUGACCGACAGAUUUCUUCCUCUGGUUGCUCAGCUGCUCUCCAGUGAAGGCCUGUGUUACCUCAUCACCAUAGCUGAGAACAAUCCAGAGGAGAUCAUGGGGUUAUUGCGCCAAAAUGGCCUGGAAGGAGAAUCCUGCUUGUCCACCAGAGCUGGGAAUGAAAGGCUGUCUGUCCUGCGCUUUCACAGAAACCAGCAGACAUGAUCAGCACUACAGUCCUGGGAAAGGAGUCUUCUCCACGGGCAGCCUGGUUGUCCUGAACGAUGGGCGGAGGGAACAGGUCUCUCACCAACAGGAUUGGAUGUUUGGAUGGAUCGAGUCUUUAGGAUCUCACCUGGGACCAUGUCUCAUCAUAAUGGCUUCCUGCCAUGUUCUUGAUGACACCAAUGGAAGAUGACCUCUGUCUCAGGACACAUCGUGAGAGUUGGCAGCAAUGUGAAAAAGAAACACCCUCAACUAAAGUUUAUCAAGGGAGGAUUAUUUCAACACAAACUCUUAGGAUAUUAUUGUAAGAAUUAUAUUUAUGAUUUGGUGACACCACAUUGUUUUAAAAGUGUGACAGUAAUUUAAAAUCAGCUCUAAAUUACCAGACUCUGUCAAACAGAAUCUCACCAUUGUUAACUCUAGCAGCCUCACUAUAACAAAAACACUGGAGUUCACUGGAGAUUCAAUUAAUGUGCAAUUCAUCAGAUUUACUGUUCAAUUUCCAUGUUUACUCUAAACAAAAUCUGAAAAUAAAUGAUAUUACGGCA